CACACAUAUAAACAAUAAGAUGAUAGCUCCAAUUGCAUUCAUCAUCUUUGCAAGUUCAAUGCAAGGAGAAGUAGAAACUGUAGAUGCAGAUGUCUGUACCAAGGCAACAAUCAAAACAUUUGAAGACAAACUUGAUGUCAAACUGAACAAUUUGCAUGAUUUGAUCAGCUCCAAGAAUGAUUCCAUACAGAAAAGUAAUAAAGACAUCCAGGACCUGAAUAUCAUUGUUGAAGACUUAAAGACCAAAUAUGAUAACUUACUUAGUGAGCUACAAAAGAUGACUGAAUGCCGGAUACCCUGGCCAUAGUAAGGGGAAAGGAGGAAUGAAGACUCCUCAUAGGAGAAGAUUGAUAUAUUUGUCAUUGACUUGAAGUGUAAUGUUAAACAAAUCUGAAUAAAUGAUUUACUGUCAAAAUAGUGG